GCGGCCUCGCCCCGCCCCCGCCUUGCUGCGUGGCGUCAUUUCCGGCGUCUGCGUCCGGCGUUCACCUGUCGCGGGAUGGCGGCUCUGAGGAGUUGGCUGUCGCGGAGCGUCACCUCCUUCUUCAGGUACAGACAACUUGUACCUGUCAUGGCUAACUUUAAGAAGCGCUGUUUCUCAGAAUUGAUAAGACCCUGGCACAAAACUGUGGCAGUUGGAUUUGGUGUGACCCUGUGUGCAGUCCCUAUUGCACAGAAAUCGGAGCCUCAUUCUCUUAGUAACGAUGCAUUAAUGAGGAGGGCAGUGUCUUUGGUGACAGAUAGCACCUCUACCUUUCUCUCUCAGACCACAUAUGCAUUGAUUGAAGCAAUCACCGAGUAUACUAAGGCUGUUUAUACCUUAAUCUCACUGUACCGACAAUACACAAGUUUACUUGGGAAAAUGAAUUCACAGGAGGAAGAUGAAGUGUGGCAGGUGAUCAUAGGAGCCAGGGUCGAGAUGACUUCGAAACAACAAGAAUACUUGAAGUUGGAAACAACUUGGAUGACUGCAGUCGGUCUUUCAGAGAUGGCAGCAGAAGCUGCAUACCAAACUGGAGCAGACCAGGCCUCGAUCACGGCCCGAAACCACAUCCAGCUGCUGAAGUCGCAGGUGCAGGAGGUGCGCCAGCUCUCCCAGAAGGCAGAGAUCAAGUUGGCAGAGGCACAGACAGAGGAACUCCGGCAGAAAACUCAAGAGGACAGAGAGGAGAGGGCCGGGCCGCAGCAGGAGGCCUACCUGCGCGAGGAUUGAGGGCCUGCACCGCUGCCGUAUCUGCUCACUGGAGUUAGGGGAGCCCGGGGCCCCGCAGUUUACCCUGCAGAGGAGAGGCGGCAGGUCCUGGCCCCUCAGGCCAGAGGCAUCUGUGAGUUGAGUGCCUGCCCCUUCCCCUGGGGUCUCAGGCCUGUACUGGGCCUGGUUUCUGGCCUUUGGGCUCUGUACCCUGUUUAACAGUUCACCCCACUUGGCACAGCUGCCCUCUCACCCACUGGUCUUGUUACCUCACCCCCAAAAGCAUCUCACCAACUUGGCCCCGGGGGAGGGGAAAGGGGGCUUUUUGUCAUGCCUGUAAGUUCAGUAGCUGUUUAACCUCAGUUUUCGAUCUUAUUCACGUUUUCAAAUAUGUAGUAUUUGCACCCUCCAGAGGGAUGUGAGUUUGGAGCAGGCUGUCCUGUUUCUAAGCUUUCUUUUUAAGUGUUUCUAAUGCCUUCUCUGAUCUGGCCCCACUGCCUAGUAAGGACAGCUCAGGCCGAAAGGGACAAGCUCAUCUUGGAAGGAAUGAGUGGUGUGAGCCGGUGCUCUCAGCAGGACCUAUUCUACCACAUGCCUCGGUUUCUUUCUUUACUGUGAGUCUCCCUGUUGUAUCCAAAGGAGAAAAAGAUUUUUUUUUUCCAUUUAAAAAAGUGUGUGUCUCUCUCUUAGCCUCCCUCCUCCAGCCCCAGAAUGGCAGAGCCCCAACUUGCUCCAGGAUUCCUCCCAUUCAGCAUACACCAUACAAGUCAGCCAGCUUUCAGUGAUUUUAAUCCAAGUUAGCAGGGUUGGGAGGAGGGGUUACAGAAACGGUCGCUUCCUACAGACCAGCAAGGGUCAAUUUUCAAGGUGCUCCGUUUCCCAUCGUGAUAGAAAAUCAACACAGUCCACUCUGAGGCUGCUGUUCAACUCGUCCCUCGGGGCUGGGGCAGGGGAGCGGCACAGCUGAGCCCCUCAUCUGUCACCAGCGCCCACAUGGUCCACAUCUCCAGGGGGCUGAGGUGGUGUACCAGCAGGAGCCCUCUGUACAGGCGGGGGUCCAGGGGCCGCUGUAUCCCAAAUGUCUUGAAGCCAGCGUGGUGUGUGGGGCUGACACCCAACUUCCUCAGGCACAUGCCCACGAAGACGUCGUCAAUGGGAAAGAGUUCAGCUUCCUCCAUGGCUGCUCGCAGGCGCCACACAGUGGCUCUGGACAUGACGUAGCCUCCGCCCCCAGCAUAGGGCGGGUAGUGGCGGGCUCUGUACAUGGAGGGUGGGAUGAAGUAUUUGACCUUGGUGUUCCUGUUGGGCAGAGCCUGGCAGAUGACAUCUCCCACCAGGAGGUCCUGGGCUGGGUCCCAGCCGUCCAGGAACUCCAGCACAUUGGGGAUAUGGACAAAGAUACCGUCAUCUCCGUUUAGCACCAAGUGGGCCUGGGGGCAGGCUGCCGCCACCCAGCGCUGCAGGUGCAGCUCCUUGAGCGUCAGGUUGAAGAAGUCCUGCACAAAGUCCCACUGCAGGAUGUCAGCAAACUCCCGGCUCUCAUAGGCCAGCAGCUGGGCCGGGGGCGUAGGUCCCGCCACUCCUAGGAGGAACACCAGCUUCAGCCGCCGGCCUCCAGCCCGACCCCAUGUGCUUCGAAUGGCUGCCCGCCGCUCCACGUGGCCAGGCUGCGACUUGAUGGCCAGGAGCAGGAAGGUGUCCUGGGCACAGCCUGAAGGCUCCAGCAGGAUGGAGAAGUUGCGGCAGUGGCGGUAGGUCAAGAAGAGGCGGUGGCGACUCGGAAGGGACAGGGAGGCGUUAGCCACCGUGUGGUUGGGCAGACACUGGCUG